ACGAGGAAAAUGUGUUUUUGUAGGAAGUACGUCUCUUUAGCAACCGAAGAACCUGAGCAAUGGCCUCCUGCGCGAUGGACAACACGUAAAUAAAUUAAUCACCUCUGCGGUCGCUACACGGUAUCAUUAGCACUUUGCUCUUUGCAGGAUCAGAGGCAGAAAAACUGCUGUGGCUCGUAAUGGCCAGCGGCGGCGGAUUGGCGUCGAACCAAAGCGGUCCGGAGGCUCCGUCCAACUCGGUACAAUGCGGAGCGGCAGCGGCUCUGUGCAACAUGCCAGCCUCAGCUCCCGCACCGUCCGCCUCCCCGCCGGGCCUCGGCCUUCAGCGGGAGCCCGUCUACAACUGGCAGGCGACGAAGAGCUCCCUGAAGGAGCGGUUCGCCUUCCUCUUCAACAACGAGCUGCUCAGCGACGUCAGGUUCAUUGUCGGGAAAGGCAGACAGGCCCAGAGGAUACCUGCUCAUAAGUUCGUCCUGGCCGCUGGCAGCGCCGUGUUUGAUGCCAUGUUUAACGGGGGGAUGGCCACCACUUCGGCUGAAAUAGAGCUCCCUGAUGUGGAGCCUGCAGCUUUCCUGGCCCUGCUCAGGUUUCUGUAUUCCGACGAGGUCCAUAUUGGUCCAGAGACUGUGAUGACGACUCUGUACACAGCAAAGAAAUAUGCAGUCCCAGCUCUGGAGGGCCAUUGUGUGGAGUUCCUCACCAAGCACCUCAGAGCCGACAACGCCUUCAUGCUUCUCACUCAGGCGAGGUUAUUUGAUGAGCCUCAGCUUGCCACUCUUUGCUUGGACACUAUCGACAAAAGCACUGCAGACGCAAUAAACGCAGAGGGCUUCACUGAUAUUGACCUUGAUACUUUAUGUGCAGUGUUGGAGAGAGACACACUCAGCAUCAGGGAGAAUCGUCUGUUCGAAGCGGUGGUCCGCUGGGCAGAGGCGGAGUGUUACAGACAACAGCUUCCCCCGACCUCGGAGAACAAGCAGAAGGUUCUGGGAAAAGCGCUCCCGCUCAUCCGCUUCCCGCUCAUGACCGUCGAAGAGUUCGCAGCCGGGCCUGCCCAAUCUGGAAUAUUGUUCGAUCGGGAGGUGGUAAAUCUGUUUUUACACUUUACAGUAAACCCCAAACCACGGGUCGACUACAUUGACAGGCCUCGCUGCUGCCUCAGGGGGGAGGAGUGUAGCAUUAAUAGAUUCCAGCAGGUUGAGAGCCGGUGGGGGUACAGCGGCACCAGCGACAGAAUCAGAUUUAAUGUUAACAGAAGAAUAUCCAUCGUGGGUUUUGGCUUAUAUGGCUCAAUACAUGGACCCACCGACUAUCAGGUCAACAUUCAGAUCUUAGAGAGUGACAAACGUAUCACACUGGGCCAGAAUGAUACCGGUUUCAGCUGCGACGGCUCAGGAAACACCUUCCGAGUGAUGUUUAAAGAGCCUGUGGAGAUCCUGCCCAACAUCAGCUACACUGCAUGUGCCACCCUAAAGGGUCCAGACUCUCAUUACGGCACUAAAGGGUUGAAGAAAGUGACCCAAGAAUCUACAACUGGGACCAAAACUACAUUUCUGUUCUUUAGCUCACCUGGAAACAACAACGGCACGUCGGUAGAGGACGGCCAGAUACCGGAGAUCAUCUACUACAUAUGAACUUUACAUGCUGCCAUGCAGGUACAAAGAACCAGGGAGACCUCAGGCCACUGGAAGGACUGGACUUCUGUGAAUGGAUGCAGUGCCUCGGGAUCGCCUGGAGUGGUGUGUGUGUGUGUGUGUGUGGGUGUGCGUGUGUGUGUGUGUGUAAGUGAGAAUGCCGUGUGUGAGAAUCUCUGUACAUAUAUACACGUGCAACUCUGUUUGCAAAAAGAAAAAAAAAAGUUUUUCGGGCCUAAAAUUUUAUUUUGUUGCAAGUUGUCUAAAUACUGAUGUUCUGUCUGUGCAACUAAGCUGCCUGUGGUGCAGAAGUUGCACAACUAAAACAACAAAGAUGGCAACACAACUUUCAAUGAGGCCAACUCGCUAUGUCUGUUUGUGCUGAUGCAUAUUUUUAAUGUGCACUGUUGUACUUUAUAAAACAGGUGUCUUCAAGUACCUUUUCUCUGUGUUGUACAAAGUCUCCCUGUGCUUAAUUUUGCCAGUAGUUCUUUCUGUAACUUAUUACACAGUGUUUACUUAGCACUUCACUGAAAUGUAAAACAGGAAACAAAUGUUCUGAGACAUUUAUGGGUAUAUUAAACCGGAAUUAGUUUAUUUUUAGCUUUUGGGCAAUAAAACGCGCUAAGACCAAACCGACUGAUUCGUUCAGUCAAUA